AUGGAGAGGGGAAGUUGGCAGGUUAUCACCUGCGAGUCCACAGACUGGCCUGUGUUUUCAGCCAGCGGGAUGCAGUUCAUGCUGGAAGGUGAAUCUAAUGGUCUUAUCGUCGCCUGUUACCAAGGGUAUGUGGAUAUUGUAAUAGCCUUAGCACAAUGCCCUCACCUUGAUGUGAACUGGCAGGACAACGAAGGGAACACAGCUCUAAUUACAGCUGCACAGGCAGGGCACGUAACCAUUACAAACUAUUUGUUGAACUACUUUCCUGGGCUUGAUAUCGAGAAGAGAAACGUGUUUGGAUUCACGGCGCUGAUGAAAUCUGCGAUGCAGGGCCGAGUGGAGUGCGUGAGAGCCUUGAUGCUGGCAGGGGCAAAUGUUCACGCAACUGACCCAAGCCGUGGACUGACUUCAUGGGAAUGGGCUUGUUUCACAGGAAGGUCAGAAUCUGCCUUCAUCAUGCAGAAACUGAUGGACAAUCCAUGCCCAGAACAGUUUUGUGAUCAAUAUAAACCAGAAUGGCCAAAGAUGAAGGAACUUCUUGCCAAGGCUGCGGAGCCAAAAAGCUGUUUGCAGAGGGUGUCUGAGUGUGUGAGGGCCGCUAUGCCGUUCCAGCCUUUCUUCGGCCCAGAAAAAGACGGGGUCCUCGAUCACAUGGUGAAGGUGACAACGAGCUUGAGCAGCCCCUUCAUUGCCCUGGCAUGCCGGACAGUUUGCCCAGGCAGCCCGCCUUCUGUGGGGAAACGCAGGCUGGCUGUGCAAGAAAUCCUCAGGAAGCAGAGAGCCGAGGAGAUCCGAUCUCAGGACAAAGACCACUUGAGCAGCUAUGAGAAGCUCUUUCAGAACUCCAGAGUCAUGCUGGUGCCCAGGAAGAAGGAGCGGCGAGCCAGCCUGCAGCCCAUCAGCCUGGCGGUCUCCCAGGUGAGCACGGUGGCCACGCGGAAAGCGAGCCUCCUGCCACUCCACCUGCUCCGACGGAGCAGCGUCAGGCCAGGGUUUGUCAUCCCCAAAGUCCGUGUCAGCAAGGCUCCUCCACCCACCUUCCAGCCAGAAAAGGCGAGGAGGAGGAGCAGCGCAAAGGAUGACCCCUACUUGCAGAUUCCCAAGUGGAGGUACAAGGAGAUUAAAGAGGAGCGGAAGAAGGCGGAAGAACAGGAGAAGAAAAAAGCAGCAGAGGCUCAAAAACAGAAGCAGGUGUCUCCCGCCAGAUCCAGGACCUGA